CCGUUUUGCACUGGACCUUGCGAUGUCUCUUGGACAAGUGUUGUGCGUUGUGACCGGAGCCUCCCGGGGCUUCGGGCUCGGUGUGUGCCGGGAGCUGGGCGCUCGGGUGGCCCCGGGCUCAGCGCUGCUCAUGGUGUCCCGCUCUGAGGAGACGCUGCGGCAGGAGGCGGAGAGGCUGCGGGAGCGCUGCCCGGGGCUGGCGGUGCACUGGGUGGCCGCAGAUCUGAGCAGCGAGCCCGGGCUGAGGAGGACGGUGACGGCGGCGGAGGAGAUGAAGAGCGGAGCGGAGCCCCAGACCCUGAUCAUCAUCAACAACGCCGGGUCCCUGGGAGACAUCAGUAAACGGUUUGUGGACAUGGUGGACAUGGGGGAGGUGGACGGCUACCUGUCCUUCAAUGUGUCCUCCGCUCUCUGCCUUACCACCUCCAUGCUGAGGAGUUUCCCGGGGCUGCGGAGUCUGGUGGUCAAUGUGUCCUCACUGGCCGCCAUCAAGCCCUUUAGGUCCUGGGCCCUCUACUGUGCCGGAAAAGCAGCUCGGGACAUGAUGUUCAGAGUCCUGGCCGAGGAGGAGGCCGACCUGCGGGUGCUCAGCUAUGGGCCAGGUCCCCUGGACACGGACAUGCAGGAGCAGGUGAGGACCCAGACGGCGGACGCUGAGCUACGGCAGCUGUUUGUUAAUAUGAAGAAUGAAGGCAAGUUAGUGGACAUUGAGAUGUCUGCCCGGAAGAUGCUGGACGUCCUCCUGAGAGACACCUACAAGUCUGGGGACCACGUGGACUUUUAUGAUGAUGUGUAGUUGCCUCCCCUGUCGGCUGUAUUCAUAAGUCCACGGGGUAGUCACACAUCCAGUGCCUUGUUCUGGGCAGUUUGCUUUCCAGACUCGCCCAUUAUGGGAGCGCCAUCCGUGUGCUGUCCAUUUCUUCACUCAUCUGUUGCUAAGCAACACUGAAAUAUGCAUUCCAGAAAAAUGUCUGACACCCAGGAUCAACAUGGAGGCAAAUCGGUCAGUUCUGUGCGGACGCAAAUCAGAUACAUGAUUACAGCUUAUCGUUUAAUCGGCUGAGAAAAUCGGGGAGACCCCCGUGUUCUUUUAAACUACCGGGAUCACAGGGGUCUCUUGGGAAUGGUGCAAUAUGUAGCUCUAAUCAAGGCUUUACUACUGCCAGUAGGGGGCGGGUCCUCACCUCUGUAGGUCUGUCAGUAGGGGGGGGGGUC